AUGUUUUCAGCGACAAACUCCUCCAAAGUGACGGCCGCCUGUGUCGUGGCAAUAAUGAUGAUGAUGAUGAUCACAGAGGCUGCGGCCAUGCCGAAGACAGGAAGGCCACACAGUCAUGGUGCAACGCUAAAAACAGUCUCCCUGCAGCUGGACGCCAAAACUCUGGAAACCCACAGACACACCAGGCUGCUGAACAACGCCUCCAUCUCGCCGUGGACGUACAACGUCACCACCGACGACACUCUGUUCCCUCCCUUCCUGUCGGAGGCUCACUGCCUGCUGCAAGGCUGCCUGAACUCACAGGGCCAGGAAGACCGGAACCUGGAGUCCAGACCCAUCAUGCACCAGGUGCUGCUGCUGCGGCGCAUCAGGCCAGAAGGGUCAGCAGACUACCACUACCGCCUGGAGUCCCGCCUCAUCUCGGUGGGCUGCACCUGUGUCAAGCCUGUGGUCCGAAUCCAGCAAUGA